GAUGUAAUGCGCCUCGACGGGCAGGAUGGUCGCGCGGAGGGAGCCAGCCAAGUGCGCGCAGAUUCCAUCAUGUCAUGAUGAACACGCAAGCAACCUGCUUACCACAACGCCCAAGCAUUGUCUAGCACCGGCGCCAGGCCACGCGUCUGCUGAUAAGAAAAGACGGCUUCCGCUGUUUCCCGGAGACAAGACUUUUAGGUUCCCGACGAGCUCGACCCUGCAGAGCUGUCGACCCAGCACUUUCACACCGCGCAGCGCGGCCGCGACGACAUGGCCAGCACACAGCACACGGCGUCGACGGAGCCGCUGAGGCACGACGACCCGAUGCAGCCCGAGGUGGCCGUCGAGCCGCCCACGCCGCAGGAGACGCCCCAGACGGAAAGCACAAUCGAGCCGUCGCCGCACAACGCAAAGGACGGCAUCAGCGCCGCCGACCACCAGCCCAGGCACGAGGCCACGCAGCCGGCCACGCAUCCAUCGCUGCAGAUCCCCGGCAUUGCCGUUGCACACGCCGACGGCACCGCAGACGAGCGCGGCCGCUCCACCACCCAGCCGACGGCGGGUGCAGCCACGCCCAACGGCAACCUCAGCGCGACCGCCUCGCGCGCGCCCUCGCCGAACCCGUCGGCCCUCUACCCGCACACGCAGGUCGUCUUCGAGGACCCCGACUUCGCCACGCCCCCGCCGCUCAACUACAGCCUGCGCCCGCGCAAGAAGAGCAUCUUCUGGUUCUGGUUCCUCAUCUUCCUCGACUGCGUGUGCAUGCCCAUCGGCCUGUACUUUGGCAUGUGGUAUGGCCUCACGCGGGACCAGCUCAGCGCGAAUGCCGUCUUCAGUAUCAGCACCGCGCUGCUAGGGACCGUCAGCAUCGUCGAGUACUUCAUCCGGUUCCGCCGGCUGUGGAGGAAGAACUCAAACUGCCGUGUCAUUGGUGCGAAGAGGUUCUACCUCGACUGGUUCCACUGGAACCUCUCCGUCGGCUGGUUCUUCGUCAUGAUCGAGCUCAUCGCCGGCACCUGCCCGCACGACCCGCCCAUCCGCGUGCUCGCCAUCCCCGCCUCCACCAUGCUCUUCGCCAUAGGCGUCGAGCUCCUCAUCGUCGACAUACUCCGCAUCUUCGGCGUCCGCGCCCCUUGCCGCAUCUCCUCGCUCCCCAUGGGCGCCCCACUGCGUCCGGGCAUCUACGCCUACAUCGAAGACAUCUGCGCUGUGGACGGGAGCGGCGGCACCGAGUUCCGCCAGCGCCUCAACCUGCGCUACCAGGCGAGCAAGGCGUUCAGAGAGAUGCUGCACCACCUGACGCUGUUCUGGGCGAUUGGCGCCAUUGUGUGCUCUGCGGUUACGGUGGCGAUUGUGUUUACCAUCCAGCGCGAUGCUGCUUAUAUCGUCGGCUGGGUCCUUCCCUUCCUCUGGGCCGGCAUCUGGACCGCCAUCACCAUCCCCUGGGUGCAGCGCAGCUUGGCACACGAGUACGAGCAGUGGACGACGGCGAAGUGGAAGGCGUGAAUCCUUCACUGAAUUGUUCCCACGACUGUCUCGUCUAGUUUCGUUUUCUUUCAGUUGUACUAUAGCCGGCCUUGAGCAUGGCGGUGGCGUUUGCGGCAAGGGUCUACACAACCCAAUUUGAACGAUCUGGGAGGAUAAACAGGGUGCUAUAUACCACUUAUAUGCAAGAAGAAUGAAUGGCGUUUGGGUUGAGAAACAGCAUAUUAUCAG